AUGGCCGAUAUCAGUUCGGACGUGAAAUAUCUACGAAAACAGUACAAUGCUGGAAAAAACAAAGCCAAUAAAAUUAUUAUUCAAUAUCAGGGUAGUCGGGCUCGCAAUGGGGAUUUGCUAAAAAAAGCUGAUACUCAAGUAGCUCCCACUGUUCAAAUCAAUUUGAAAACUGAUCCACAAAUGCCAUUUUUUACACUACUUAUGGUUGAUCCUGAUGCGCCUCGAAGAGGAUAUUGUGAACAAUCAUAUUUUCCUCGUCAAAUUGUUUUUUCUAUUGGUAAUGGUACAACAAUAAUUGCAAUUGAUGAAAUAAAUCAACGUGCUUAUCAAUCAAUUAAAUAUAGUUUUGAUCCAACACCACAAAUAAGUUAUGCUUUGCAACAUUUUCCAUAUGCAACUCCUGAUUCUCCUCAAUCAAAUUAUUAUGUACAGUUAUUAUUAGGUGAUACAUCAAUCGCAUCUUGUGAGUAUACAACAUAUUGGAAAUAUGGUGGAUAUUAUUUGAAUGUAUUUCCAUCACAUUGGCUUAAUGCAAGUUUAUUUGAAAUAAAAAAUUAUCUUAAUUUUAUUUAUAAAAUGAUACAUUCAAAUAAUUCUUCUUUAGAUGAAGAUUAUUGGUAUACAAAUGAAAAAUGUGAAAUUGAGGAUGGAAUUGUUUAUCGAGGAUUUAGAUUUAUACAAACAACAAUAAAUUAUAAUAUAAUAUCAAUUGGAAAACCAGAUGAUAAAUAUUUUAAUUCAAUUCCAAAAAAUUGGCCUACCACUUGUGAAGAUGUUGAUCUUGGUCUUUCAUAUUAUCCACAAUCUGCAACAAUUAAAUUAAAUAAAAGUGCAGAAUUUCAUGUUUCUCUUUCUACUCCACCACAUCGAAUUGUUGGAAAUGGUACUGUUCUUGUUCAAUGGAAUACAACUCAGUGUAUUGAUUGUUUUACAUUAUCACCAAAAGAAUUUACUUUUAAUAUUAAUAAUUUUUAA